UAAAAAGUAUAUUUUUUCAAAGUUCAUUCCCAUUAACAUAACGUGUUUUGCUUAUUCGGUCGUUACCACUUGCGCUCUAUAAAUUGACCAAGCUUAAUUUCGUCUUUGCUUCAAAAUCUCCAUAACACAUUUCUCGUUCUUUGUAGCUCGCUUCAUCUCAUCUUUCUGUCUCUAGAGAUGGAGGGCGUUAGGGUUUCUCUUGCUUGCGCUCUUCUUCUUUUUGUAGUCUCUUCAAUAGCUUCUGCAGCCAUUGUCGAACACACCUUCAACGUACAAAACUUAACCAUCUCUCGGCUGUGCAAACGGCAAGUGAUAACGGUUGUUAAUGGAAGCCUGCCUGGACCAACGGUACGCGUCAAGGAGGGUGACUCGCUCGUUAUACACGUCAUUAACAAUUCCCCUCACAACAUCACAAUUCAUUGGCACGGGAUAUUCCAUAGACUGACGGUUUGGGCGGAUGGACCGAGCAUGAUAACGCAAUGCCCAAUCCAGCCAGCUGGUCAUCGCUACGCUUACAGGUUCAACAUCACAGGCCAAGAAGGUACCUUGUGGUGGCACGCACAUUCGUCUUUCUUACGCGCCACCGUCUACGGUGCUAUCAUCAUCCGCCCUAAAUCCGGUCACUCUUACCCGUUUCCCAAACCCCACAAAGAAGUUCCCAUCAUAUUCGGUGAAUGGUGGAACACCGACGUAGUCGCGUUAGAAGAGGCUGCUAUCGCCACCGGAGUUCCUCCAAACAAUUCCGACGCCUAUACGAUCAAUGGCCUGCCAGGAAACCUAUAUCCAUGUUCCAAAGACAGAAUGUUUAACCUAGACGUGGUAAAAGGAAAGUUAUAUUUACUCCGCAUCAUAAACGCGGCAAUGAACAUGCAACUGUUUUUCAAGAUAGCCAAUCACAAGCUGACAGUUGUCGCAGCCGACGCAGUCUACACCAAACCUUACCUCACCGACGUCAUCGUCAUCGCACCGGGUCAAACCGUUGACGCGCUGCUCCACGCCGAUCAGUCUAUCGGUUCAUCCUACUACAUGGCGGCUCAUCCUUACGCCAGCACACCCCUCGUGCCGUUCCCCAACACAACCACCAGAGGCGUCAUCCACUACAUCGGCGGCGCGUCGAAAACACGCAGAACAAAGCGCGUGUUGAUGCCGAAGCUGCCUUCUUUCUUCGACACGCCAACUGCUCACAGGUUCUACUCUAAUCUGACAAGCUUGGUCGGUGGACCACACUGGGUCCCAGUGCCUCACCACGUAGACGAGGAGAUGCUCGUAACCAUCGGGCUCGGGCUAGAGGCUUGCGCUAAAUGUCCGAAUUCGAAAUUCGCUGCUUCGAUGAACAACCACUCAUUCGUCUUACCCAAAAAGCUAUCCAUCUUGGAAGCGGUUUUCCACGGCGUGGACGGCAUUUUCACGCCUGAUUUUCCAAACCAGCCUCCGGUUAAGUUCGAUUACACUGACCCGAACAUAACCCAGACAAGCCCGGGACUCUUGUUCGUUCACAAAUCAACGAGCGCGAAGGUAUUGAAAUUCAAUACAACGGUGGAUUUGGUGCUGCAGAACCACGCGCUUCUCGCGGCUGAGAAUCACCCCAUGCAUCUCCAUGGGUUUAACUUCCACGUGUUGGCUCAAGGGUUCGGUAAUUAUGACCCGACCCGUGAUCGGAGCAAGUACAAUCUCGUCAACCCCCAGUUCCGUAAUACCUUGGCUGUGCCUGUUGGUGGGUGGGCCGUGGUCCGUUUCAGAGCUGAUAACCCAGGUGCGUGGAUUAUGCAUUGUCAUAUCGAUGUUCACUUGCCAUUUGGAUUAGGGAUGGUGUUUGUGGUUGAGAACGGACCAACGAAGUCGACCAGCUUGCCACCGCCACCUCCUGAUCUUCCGAGAUGUUAAACAAUAUAAAUAGCUUUCUUGAAAACAGUAAUAAAAAUAUUACUCAGGGCAAGGGAAAUAAAGUUUGGCUCAAGCUAACUGGGAUUUGUUUUAUUUGUUUGAUUUGAUUGAUCACAUUUGUUUUGAUGUCAUGUAGUCGAUAAUAAAUGUUGAAUUUGUAGUCCAUUCAAAUGUUGUGUAUGUGGGUAAAUUGUAUAUAAAUUUUAUUGUUCUACUACUAUUAUCAAUUUCUCAACUUUUGGUUUAGGUACCUGAUAGUCUGAUACCUCACAAGGAACGUAAUUUAGCCUGGUUUAGUUUGAAAUGAACACUUGGCUCCGUAAUUUAACUCCGGUUUAGUUUCAUACCGGUAUUGGGAUUUACCGGUUCUCGGUUCCAAAUUUUGGAAGAAGCCCAAUACUAUCGAAAUAAACAAGAGCCGUCAGAUAAGCAUCGCAAAUACGAACCGUUAGAGUUGGGCCCUAAAGGCCCAAUAUCAUCAAAGUAAAUAAGAGCCGUCAGAUCAGCAAGUAAGCAAAAACUAAGAACCGUUAGAUUCAGAUCACUAAGAAGAAGCCCUAGAUUCAUUUUAUCCUCUACCCAUUUCGUAUAGUAUAAAAACACUGAAACCAAAACCCUAGUUCCUUUCUGUUAUCUCCAUCACUCUUCUGCAGACAAAGAGAAAACUCGAGUCUCAUCACGUGAGCAACAAUGGUGAAGGCAACAAAGGCAGAGAAGAAGAUCGCUUACGACGCGAAGCUAUGCCAGCUCAUCGACGAGUUCACCCAGAUUCUUGUCGUUGCC